CUUCUAAGAAUCAAAAUAUACCAUGACUCUUUCUAAACAUAUCAAUGCUGAAGAGCUUGAAGAGAAUUUCUUGAAGAACACCAAGAAACUUCAUUUGACCAACCGUGAACAAUAUGUGUUCAAGUACUCUGGUAAUAAUCCAAUUCCAAAGUACCUGAUUCCUGAACAAUCAAGUGAUGCUCAACAAGUCUAUGAAACAAUGAAGGAGGGUCUUUCUCUUGAUGGGAUCCCAACCCUUAACCUUGCCUCUUUUGUCAACACUGAAGUCGAUGAUAUUCCAUUGAAAUUGAUUUCUGAAAAUAUUGUCAAGAACUUGGCUGAUAAUGACGAAUAUCCAUCAUUGAUCGAAUAUCAACAAAGAUGUAUUUCAAUUCUUUCUGAUCUUUGGAACGCUCCAAAGACAAAGGAUGCAUCUGGCAAAGAAGUUUCCAAUACCGUUGGAACUGCAACUACUGGUUCUUCUGAAGCAAUUAUGUUGGCUGGGUUAGCCUUGAAGAAAAGUUGGCAAGAAAGACAAAAGGCAAAGGGCAAAUCUAUCCAAGAACCAAAUAUUAUUAUGGCUACUUGUGCACAAGUUGCUCUUGAAAAGUUUGCCCGUUAUUUUGAUGUUGAAAACAGACUCAUUAGUAUUACUGAAGAAUCUGGUCAUUUAAUUGAUGUUUCAAAAAUUAAAGAAAAUAUUGAUGAAAACACUAUUGGUAUUUUUGUUAUUUUGGGUUCUACAUUCACUGGUGCCUUUGAACCAGUUGAACAAAUCUCCAAACUUUUAGAUGAAGUUGAAAAGGAAACUGGAAUUGAUGUUAAGAUUCACGUUGAUGGUGCUAGUGGUGGAUUCAUUGCACCAUUUGUAUAUCCACAUUUGAAGUGGGACUUCUCUAUCGAUAGAGUUGUUUCUAUCAAUACUUCUGGUCAUAAGUUUGGUUUGACCACCGCUGGUUUAGGUUGGGUCAUUUGGAGAGAUGUUAAACAUUUACCUGAAAAUUUAAGAUUUAAAUUAGAUUAUCUUGGAGGUGUUGAAGAAACUUUUGGUUUGAACUUUUCUAGACCUGGUUUCACUGUUCUACAUCAAUAUUAUAAUUUUAUUACUUUUGGAAGAGAAGGUUAUGCUAAGAUUUAUGAUACAUGUUUGCAAAAUGCUCGUUUAUUAUCCAAUGUUUUAGUUGAAUCUAAAUAUUUCGAUGUUUUGUCUGUUAUCCAUAACCCAAUCGAUAAGGAUCAACAAAAGGCAACCUAUACCCAGCCAAAAUCUAGGGAACAUAAGGAAUAUGCCAUUACUAAUGAACAAUUUGAACCUGGUUUACCAGUUGUUGCCUUCAGAUUCUCUAAAGAUAUUCGUACCAAAUAUCCAGAAUUACCACAAUCUAUCUUCUCCUUACUUUUAAGAAACAAAGGGUUCAUUGUUCCAAACUAUCGUUUGAGUCCUGAUGAACUGGAAAAGGAAAUUUUAAGAGUUGUUGUUCGUAAAUCUUUAAGUAUGAAUUUACUUGAUAAAUUAAUUCAAGAUAUAAUUGAAUCUAUUGAACUUUUGAUUGAAUCUUGUGAAACAGUACGUGAUGUUGUUGCAUCUUCAAAGGUUAAUUCUGAUGAAGAACAACAUUCACUUAUCUACAAGUUACUUUUAUCCAUUGCAAGCAAUGGUGUCGAAGACCUUAAGAAGGUUCAAAAUGAACACUUAGACAAGCCAGGUACUGGUCACGAUAAACACAAAAAGUCUUACAGAGGUCCUUGUUAAUAAAGGCUCUUGUUAAUCAAAGUUUUAGUUAAGUUUUUUAUGCACAGUUAUUAGUUAUGAAUAAAAAAAAAGUUACGAUGCAAAGAAGA